AUGAAGCAACGAUUCUCCUCCAUCGACGUCAAGGUAAUCGCCCACGAGCUACAGGAGAACCUGGUCAGCUUGCGCCUGGCCAACGUCUACGACCUCUCCUCCAAGAUCCUACUGCUCAAGUUCGCCAAGCCGGACAACAAGAAGCAGCUCAUAAUCGAUUCGGGUUUCCGAUGCCACCUCACAGACUUUACACGCACGACCGCCGCCGCGCCCUCUGCCUUCGUCACGCGAUUGCGCAAGUUCCUCAAGACGAGGCGUUUGACCAAGGUCUCCCAGAUCGGAACCGACAGAAUUCUAGAAUUCCAGUUCAGCGAUGGCCAGUACCGUCUUUUCCUCGAGUUCUUUGCUAGCGGAAACGUGAUCUUGACGGACGCCGACCUCAAGAUUCUUACACUACUGCGAAACGUCUCUGAGGGUGAAGGUCAGGAACCUCAAAGGGUUGGACUAGAAUACUCGCUCGAGAACCGACAAAACUUCAACGGCGUCCCCGAGCUCACAAAGGAGAGAAUACGAGAUGCGCUCAAGGCCUCGGUCGAGAAGAGUGCCGCGGCUGCUGCGGCAGGCAAGAAGAGCAAGUCGAAGCCAGGAGAUGAGUUGAGGAGAAGCCUAGCGACAACAAUCACCGAGUUGCCUCCAAUCUUGGUGGACCACUCCUUCAAAACCACCGGCUUUGACGGUAGCAAGAAGCCUGCCGAAAUUCUGGACAACGAGACCCUGCUGGACGAUCUUCUGGUCGCCCUGACAGAGGCACGUAGCAUAGUCAAGGACGCCACCAGCUCUGCUACUGCCAAGGGCUACAUAUUUGCGAAGUAUAGGAACCAAACGGACGAGACCCCGGCGGAGGAAGGGCAAACGAAGAGAUCAGACCUCCUUUACGAAGAUUUCCAUCCUUUCCUACCAAACAAGUUUGCGAACGACCCCACUAUCAAAGUUCUCGAGUUUGACGGCUUCAACAAGACCGUUGACGAGUUCUUCUCAUCUUUGGAGGGCCAGAAGCUUGAGUCCAAACUUUCAGAACGAGAGGCGGCAGCCAAAAGGAAGCUUGAGGCGGCACGGAAUGAUCAGGCAAAGCGCAUUGAGGGCCUUCAGGAGGUGCAGUCACUCAAUGUACAGAAGGCCACGGCUAUCGAGGCGAACGUGGAGCGUGUGCAAGAGGCGAUGGACGCCGUCAACGGUCUACUUCAACAAGGAAUGGACUGGAUCGACAUCAGCAAGCUUAUCGAGCGCGAACAGAAGCGCGGCAACCCCGUUGCCGAGAUUAUCAAGCUACCCCUGAACCUCGCGGACAACACCAUUACUUUGUUGCUUGGCGAAGAGGAGGAUAUUGAGGACGAAGAUUCCAACUACGAGACCGACUCGGAUGCAUCGGACAGCGAAGAUGAGGCAGCGAACAAUAAGCAGAAAACAGCAAAGCAUUUGGAGGUGGAUGUCAACAUUGGAUUGACGCCUUACGCCAACGCAAGAGAGUACUAUGAGCAGAAGCGGUCUGCUGCCAAGAAAGAGGAGAAGACAGUCCAGCAGACAGAGAUUGCGCUCAAGAACGCCGAACAAAAGAUUCAGGCCGAGUUAAGAAAGGGCUUGAAGCAGGAGAAAGCGGUUCUCGCACCGAUCCGCAAGCAGAUAUGGUUCGAGAAGUUUAUCUGGUUCAUUUCAACUGACGGUUAUCUGGUUCUCGGUGGCAAGGACGCGCAGCAGAAUGAAAUGUUGUACAAGCGCUAUCUCCGCAAGGGCGACGUCUAUAUUCAUGCAGACAUUCAUGGCGCCGCGACUGUCAUAAUCAAGAACACCCCUAGCGACCCCGAUGCCCCCAUCCCUCCUUCGACUCUGGCGCAGGCUGGCACUUUGGCCGUCUGCAGCUCGAGUGCUUGGGAUUCCAAGGCAGGAAUGGGUGCCUGGUGGGUGAAAGCUGACCAGGUGUCCAAGUCUGCCCCGACCGGAGAGUAUCUUCCCACCGGAAGUUUCAUGGUUCGUGGCCAGAAAAACUUUUUGCCACCGGCGCAAUUACUACUGGGUUUUGGUAUCAUGUGGAAGAUCAGCGAAGAGAGCAAGGCUAGACACGUGAAGCACAGGCUGUAUGACGGCUUUGCUACUCCGGCGUCCGCGCCAGAUGGGGUUGACGCUGCGGGAGAUGCUGGAACCAAGCACGAUGAAAUUGACGACGCGUCUGAUAUCGGAUCUGGUGACGAGGAGGAUGACGAGAAGCCUCGUGACAACCCUCUUCAGGGCUUCAGGCAGAACGGGCAAGAUGACUCAGAGGAAAGGCUUGCAACUGAAGAGUCGGCCUCUGGCGCUGAUGCAAUCGAGCCUCCGGUCGAUGGAGUUGAGCAGUUGAUGCUUGACGAGGACAAGGCUGCUGGAGCUCGAGAAAAGGAAGCUGCCAAGACAUCAGAAGAGGAGGGAGAAGAUGGUACAGAUGAGGGUGCCACUGGAGCUUCCACUCCAGCCGAGGCUGCUGUCCCCAGCCCCCAAACAAGCACGAUAGCCGGCGACAAGGCGCGACCUGCCAAGCGAGGUCAGAAGGGUAAGGCGAAGAAGAUUGCCGCCAAGUACAAGGACCAGGAUGAGGAUGACAGGGCAAUUGCCGAGUCCUUGUAUGGUUCUGCUCGUGGUAAGCAAAGAGCGGAAGCCGAAGCGCAGCUGAAGGCCCAGAAAGAGGCGGAGCUGGCUGCUCAGAAGGAACGACGCCGCGCGCAGCACCAGCGCCAGCAGAAGGAGAUUGCCGAGCACGAAGAGGUCCGUCGUUUGAUGAACGAAGAGGGUAUCGAGGUGCUCGACGCCGAGGAGAUGGGCAAAAUGACUUUGCUAGACAACCUUGUCGGCACACCUCUGCCAGGGGACGAGAUUCUCGAGGCCAUCCCCGUCUGUGCGCCGUGGAAUGCUAUGGGCAAGUUCAAGUACAAGGCGAAGCUCCAGCCCGGUGCGGUGAAGAAGGGCAAAGCUGUCAAGGAGGUGUUCGAGACGUGGAAGGCAGUGUCGACCAAGAAGGGUGUUCUUGAUGAGCGUUCGCAGGACAGCGAGAAGAUGUGGCCGAGGGAAGUUGAGUUGAUCAAGGCGCUCAAGCCCGAGGAGGCUUUCAACUGCGUGCCUGUUGGCAAGGUGAGGGUGAUGAUGGCUGGUGGUAGCAGUGGCGCCGGCGGUGCUAAGGGCCAGCAAGGCAAAGGCGGUCGUGGUGGAAAAGGCUCCAAGAAGAAGUAA